UCCCCCAGGUCUGAGACAUGGUCUAGGCCAGUAACUAACUGGUUUGUCUGUCCCCCAGGUCUGAGACAUGGUCAAGGCCAGUAACUAACUGGUUUGUCUGUCCCCCAGGUCUGAGACAUGGUCUAGGCCAGUAACUAACUGGUUGGUCUGUUCCCAGGUCUGAGACAUGGUCUAGGCCAGUAACUAACUGGUUGGUCUGUUCCCAGGUCUGAGACAUGGUCUAGGCCAGUAACUAACUGGUUGGUCUGUUCCCAGGUCUGAGACAUGGUCUAGGCCAGUAACUAACUGGUUGGUCUGUCCCCCAGGUCUGAGACAUGGUCUAGGCCAGUAACUAACUGGUUGGUCUGUCCCCCAGGUCUGAGACAUGGUCUAGGCCAGCUGACGUUAAGUGAUGGGACGUGUUACACGGGUCAGUUCGAGAACGGACUCUUCAACGGCUGUGGGAUGCUGGUCUUCCCUGAUGGAUCCAGGUACGAAGGAGACUUCAUUCAGGGGAAGUUCCAAGGCGCAGGCGUCUUCAGUCGUUUCGACGGGAUGAAGUUCGAGGGAGAGUUCAAGAGUGGAUGUGUGCAGGGAUACGGUAUGCUGACGUUCGCUGACGGAGGUCCGGAAAGAGGGGGAGGAGGAGGAGGAGGAAGAGGAGGAGGAAGAGGAGGGACGAGCCACGAGGGUCUGUUUGAGAGAGGCCAGCUGGUGGGCAGAGAGGGGUGCCAGGGCACGGUGCAGCGGGCACAGGGGGCAGCCGCCAAGGCGCGGGCGCUCUCCAUGUGACCUGCAGCUAGGGUGCGCUACUCAGGGAGCACUUCACUAUCAUACUCACACCCUUCUUUUUCUUCAUUCAUUUCAUUCUGUUCUCUGUCUUUACGGCUGUACUCCUCUGUACACAGUGUACAAAACAUUAAGAACACCUUUGCUCUCAGAACAGCCUCAGUUCGUCGGGGGCCUGGACUCUACAAGGUGUCGAAAGCGUUCC